CGCCAGCGCGAAGACGUGCGUGCGUGCGUGCGUGCGGCGGCGACGCAGCGUCCCCUGCCCCGAAUGAAAGGGAAGGUCCCAGCGCUAGCGAGCGGUUCUGAGUGCCCAGCGCCGCGGGGCCCCCGAGUCCUCGUUCCCCGGCGCCCCGCCUACCUGGGGCCCCCCCCCCCCGCAUCUUCUCCUGGCGUUAAUAAUCCAGCUGGGAAGCGCCCCUGCCUUGCAGGGAGCCGUCGGGUUCGAUUUCCGCAUGAGAAUCCCACCCCAGGGACACUGCAAGCUACGGCAGAGAGACCUGCUCAAUGGAGCGCAUAUUACCAUCAUUCUCUAAUUUAUAAAAAAUACAAAAUUACUUCAAGGAGUAAGGUAAUAUAACCAAUAGUACAUACAUACUCUAUUAACCAUGUAUCUUCUUAUGUGUGUCUUAGAUGCAUUGUACAACGUAAUGCUGAAGGCCAAGUGACCUGUGAACAUGUUUCUUUAUCAGUAACUUCCAAGAAGCAAAAUAUUAAAGUGAGCGAUCAUUUUGACUUCCAUGGUUUGAAUGAAUUAUUCAAAUCUUCCAAAAUCUUAUAGUUUGCCAUUCAGAUAGAGAUUAAAAGGGAGAGUCUAUUGAUGUAGCAGCAGGAGCGAUUGACAUACUUAAAGCCAGAUUCUCCAUAUGAUUGUGUGUAUAACUCCUGUUUUAGUCUAUGGGACUUUGUGAACACACAUCCAAUGAUAGAAUUUGACUUUGAAUGUCUUAAGUUACUUUUAUAAGGACUGUCAUUGUUGCUCCAACAAGAAUUAGUUCCUGAAUAAGAAAAUAAAGUAAGAAAAAUGAAAUGUGAAAAAAAAGUCAAAUUAAAGCUAACCCACAGUGAAUGCACUUAGCCUCUUGUAUGUGUGUAUAUAUAAUUACUGUAAUAUUAAUUUUAUCAAAACAGAAGUUACUCUUGCAUUUUAAAUUUUGUUACAGUAUUUCAACCCAUUAUUGCAUGAUUUCUGUGAAGCUUUUCAAUGUGACCUAAGAACAAAAAAAUCUUUUUAUAUAGUUUCCUACUGUUCUUCUGAAGCCCUUUUCCCUGCUUCCAAAAUCUCAUUUAGAUUUUAAAAGAAUUAAAGAAUAUUUUGAAAGUCUUUCUUUACUUUCUUCAAAAGCCAGCCAUUCUUUCUGUUUAAUAAAUGGAGUGCAGAGUUAUUUUAUUUUGAUUUCUCUUUAGAAGAAUAUAGUAAGUACUUUUUUUGUGCUUAACGUUUAAAGGCUCUGUUGCCACUGCAAAAGGGUGUGACUCAUUUAUUCACAUGGCACUCUUUUUGUGUGUAAAUCAGCUAGAUCUAGAAUAUGUGCAUUCUUGUUACAAGUAUGUGUCACCAAUCUAGUAAAUUGCUUUAUAGUUAAAAAUGGAAGUAAAUGAAAUAGUAAAAAGAACAAGCACUAGAGAUAAGACAUACAUUUACAUUUUGAUAUAUAAAUCUUGUAUUGGCAUGGCAAGAGAAUUUUUUAAAUUAUAUCUAUGAAAAUUUGUGAAUAACACCACAUGAGAAUUAAAAGGAUCUUCAUUUAACUCUAUUCUGUACAGAGGUAUAUACACUUAGCAGUGUUCCUCAACUUUCUGUUAUAAAAAUAGUGAGUGAUAUUAGUGGCUAGGAAAGUGAGGAACUUGUAGCAUUUUCAAGAACCAUGCAGAGUUGGGCUAUACAAAUUUCACCAGUCAGUUGUACCAUUGCAAGUCAAUCCUGACUUAUGACACCUCAGCCACUGUAGCCAAGGACCUCUUUUUAGUAGAAGUUCUGAACUAUGUAAUGGUCUUCCUGAUUUAGAUGGGCAUCUACUGGAGACGAAUGCUGAGGAAACCCAUAUUCAUUGCAUAUGUGAUCAGAACAAUACUGAGAUCCAGAUCUUCAGAGAGGAAAAGCAGUAAACAAGCAUGCUAUUUAGGGUCUCUAAAUUAGACCAUUUAAUUAUAUAAAUUAUAGCAUGUUUGUUUGUUCUUUUAGAGAUGUAAAGGUGAAUGGACACAAACCUCAACUUUAAAAUGGGUCCAAAAAUGUGUAUUGGGUGUUGAAUAUUGGGUGUUUUAGGGCCCAAACUUGCAAUGAGAUCCACAUAGGCAGAUUCAUGUAUGAAGCCUCAUUGAAGUGGAUCCACCUAUAUGAAUCUCAUUGCUGAAUUGGGGCCUUGGUGUUGUAUUUUUAACUGUUACUUUUUAUAUUUUACAAGCAUGUGAUUUAUGUGGUUUAAUUUUAAAUUACUUUUCUUAGGCUAAGAACAGCUGUUGUCAUGCACAUAUUAAGGAUUAGGCAUUUGUGAGGACUGAAGUGUCAUUCUAAAGCCAUUUUAAAAAUCAUGACAAGCUCAAUUGGACAGAAAAAAGGGUCUUCAAGACAACGGAAGUGUGGUUUUUGUAGGUCUAAUAAAGAUAAUGAAUGUGGACAAUUACUGAUGUCUGAAAACCAGAAGGUGGCAGCACAUCACAAAUGUAUGCUAUUUUCGUCUGCAUUGGUAUCUUCGCACUCUGAUAAUGAGAGUCUUGGUGGAUUUUCUAUUGAAGAUGUUCAAAAGGAAAUAAAAAGAGGCACUAAACUGAUGUGCUCUUUAUGCCAUUGUCCAGGAGCAACCAUUGGUUGUGAUGUGAAAACGUGUCACAAGACGUAUCACUACUACUGUGCAUUGCAUGAUAAAGCUCAAAUAAGAGAGAAACCCUCACAAGGCAUUUACAUGAUUUUAUGCCGAAAACACAAGAGAACUACACAUAACGCUGAAGCAGAUUUAGAAGAAGGUGUCAAUGAACACGAAUUGGAGCCUUCACCUCCCAAAGGAAAAAAGAGGGGUCGGAAGGGAAAGCCAAGAAAAACAAAUCUCAAAGGGCAGUCAGAAGACACUAGAUCUACAUCCUCACAUGGCACAGAUGAAAUAGAAAGCAGUUCCUAUAGAGACAGGUCUCCUCACAGAAGCAGUCCCAGUGAUACAAAACCUAAAUGUGGAUUCUGUCAUGCAGGUGAAGAAGAAAAUGAAGCUAGAGGAAAGCUUCAUAUAUUUAAUGCCAAAAAGGCAGCAGCACACUAUAAGUGCAUGUUGUUCUCUUCUGGCACUGUGCAGCUAACAACAACAUCAAGGGCAGAGUUUGGUGAUUUUGAUAUUAAAACUGUACUUCAGGAGAUCAAGAGAGGGAAAAGAAUGAAAUGCACUCUUUGCAGUCAGCCUGGGGCUACUAUUGGAUGUGAAAUUAAAGCCUGUAUCAAGACUUACCAUUACCACUGUGGAGUACAAGACAAAGCUAAAUACAUUGAGAAUAUGUCACGAGGAAUUUACAAACUCUAUUGUAAAAACCAUAGUGGAAACGAUGAAAGGGAUGAAGAGGAUGAAGAAAGAGAAAGCAAAAGCCGUGGGAAAUCAGGCUCUGACCAUAGUAGCAUUCCUCAGCAACAACUCAAUGGAAACUAGGUUCAAGGGACAGAGUUAGAGAACUGGGAAUGAAUAAGACAUCCAUAACUACUAAUUCUUUUAAAUUGUUUUCUAAGAUCAGAAGAGGGUUAGUAACUUUUUACGGCCUGAUUCUGUUAGAAAUUUCAUUGAACUGCCUGAAACGUUCAUGUGUGUGAGCCUUCAAUAAGUGGCAGAGUUUUACAUGUCAAUAUUAUGUAGUUUGUAGUCUGCAGUGUCUGGAAAAAAUUGAAACACUAUAUAAAUGAUAUGUAAUAUGUACAGUGUCAAAAGUUAAGGCAGACAUUGAAAUGAAGUAAGCUCUAUAUUUCUGGACUGAAUAAAAAUCUAAGAUUUCAAAUGUGUAAGUUGUUUAGUGGAUUCAUGCACCAAGGGAAAGUCUUAGUAAGAUUAAUUUACAACGUGGACAGACAAGUCCAUGGUGGCAACAAGCUGGUAACUCAUGAACUUUGCAUUUUCUUAUACAAAAUAUGGAGGAUAAAUGUGUGUGGGGGCAAAUUGCUCUAUUUUUUGCUUGCAAGGCACACAGUAGAGAAAACUCCAUGCACGCAGAAGCAUGCUUGAACCUUUCAGUUUGUUCCUGUUGUGAUUGUUCCUACUGCCCAGCAUUUCUUGCUGGAGAUUUACUUGAGCAGCUGUUGGUUACAAGCUGCAAGCUUCAGUACUCAUGCCAAAGGGCUGUAGUUUGUUCUUUCCCCAACAGUCCUCCACCUCUGUAUUCCUAAUGUACCAAGUGACUCUUAACUUUUGGAAGCUGCAACCCGAUGUCUUUAGAUUUCGAAGAGGGUUACUACUUUAACGUCUCUGGAAUUUAGUCACCUUAUCUGACAUCCAGACCUCAAGUGCUCUGUGUUGUGUGGAGCACUUCAUCUUUUGUCCAAAAUACAUACACAGGUCCCAAGUCCUGUAAGGAGGAGAAAUCAACUUCCUUUUUUUUGUAGAUCAGUAUUUAUUUUUGAAUCUUGUGACCACUAUAUAAGAUUUACUUAUCAUUCUUAAUGCUUUUAGCAUUUGAUCUUUUUUUCUUGUCAAAUCAACUAUCAUGCCAUGGCACUUCAUAUAUCUAGAGGUCGAUGUUCCAUUAGAGAAUAAUCAGGUUUAGAUUAUACCAAAUCUUCCAACUCAGUUCCCUAACUUUUUUCAUACAGCUCUGACAUGUCUAGUUGCUAAUAAAUAGCUUCUUCUGCUGGUCCUAUUGAAGCACAUUAGUGGAUUUCUUUAAAAUAAAACCAAAAACUUAACCCAAUAAGUAAGUCUUUCUAAUGCUUCCAAGGCACCUCAUUGCUUAGGAAGGGUUCUGACUCUUUCUGAAUACCCAAUAAACCGCUUAGAUUUGAAGUAAAGCAGGAAGCAAGACUCUGACAAUUUAACUAAAAACAGUGAAGGUUCAUCUGCAGUUGAUAUUAAGAAGCAGUUCAUUUGUAACAAGUUUCUGUAGCAUUUUUUACUUGUAUUUUUAAAAGAUUUAACAUGUCAUUGUCUUUUCAUGUGUUUCCUUAAUGUCUCAAGGGACUCAACUGUUGUAUAUUAAAUUUCUAACAUUUUACCAUGUUAGAAUUCAAUCUCUUUUGGGGAAGAAUGCAGGUUUAGUAAUAUUACUAUGUACAGAAAAUAUUCAGUUACUGCUCUAAACAUGCCAUUGAUCAUUCUUAUUUUGUAUUUGUAACUUUCAAAAUUAAAGGCAUGACUUGAAUUGCAAUGACAGAUUGAGAUUGUUUACCAAGGUGUUUGCUUUUUUUCUAGAAUACGCGGAAGGGUUUCGGAAUGCAAAAUGUCUGUCACACUGCCUAGAUUAGGUUCUAGGUUGCGUGCCUCAAACAUGGCUUUCCCAUGGAAUAAAGGCACUUUAUUGUUUGCAACUACUGUAUUUUUGGUUAAGAAAGAAUGAAAGGUACAAUGGGGUAGAUUUGCCAAUAUAAUCAUUGUAUUUUUCACUGAGUUCUAAUUCACAUUGUGUCAAUUGCUGGAUUUAAUAUUCAGUCUAAUAAUUCAUUGUGGAUAAAAUCAUUUAUCUCUCCUCAUGCCAUUAGCAACCAUAACAACACUUUACCUUUGAGGUAGCAGAAGAGCAAGUGGCUGGUUACCUGUUGAGGCUGACUACACCAUCAUUAAUUCAGAACUCAUGGAAACAGUCAAUACCGAAAGCGUUUUUUGUUACAAGCCUCAAAUUCAUGUUAUAAUUUACUUCAUCUUGUCAUGUAUGCUGGGUAAAAGUGCCUUACAGUGUAAAAAUUGUAUUUAUAUGUUCCCAAGUAGUAUCACUUGCUGGGGAGUAAUUCUGUCAUGGUGUUAAUAUUUAGAAAAAAUGUACCUCAGCAGUGUAUUUACUGUACAUCUCCUAUGUUCUUAACUGUAGUUUUAAUAAGCAUGAAAAUGUAUGAUAGGUAUACAACAUUUACAUUUUUUUAAAGACAAAAUACUGCCAUUACUGUCUUUUUAUGUGCAUUUUAGCUUGAAAUUUUGGACCGUUUGUCUUUUUUGUAAAGCAAUGUAAUCUUUUCAAGCAUAUAUUGAAGAUUAUUCUGCAGCAUUUACUGCCUUCCCAGAAGUUAGAAGAAACAAACAUGCUUUAUAGGUAAAAUAGUCUAGUUUAACUAGUUUAAAUUAAUAAGGUUUAUUUGUUCCUGGCAGUUUUUUUUUAAAUAGGCAGCUUUUGCUUUCAUCUCACAAUCGGAAAACAAUCUUGAAUUUAAGAACUUGUCUUUUGAAACUGAUUUCACUGAAUUUAGUUACUUUAGGCCUUUUUGGCAUUUCUUGCUUACAAGAACAGUGUGUCUCAGUUCAAGAGAGUCGUGGAACCCUCUUAUAAUGGAAGAUUUUUUCCACAAAAUAAUAUAUUAGUUUCAUUAUAUCAGCAAAGGGCUUGCCUUUAAAAAGAUCCUUUCUACUGCUCUUUUCCCAGGGAGUGCUGGCAGGGCCUGUCUACCUGAGCAGUUGCAGGGUACUGGCAGCUGGGGGAGGAAGGGCUCUAGAAGGCUAUUGGCAAAAUUCCCUGAGACUCUGGUUUAUGCACUUUGGAAGAGGUUCCAGGUAGUGACACAGUGGCCACAAAUUUAUUUGUGAGGGAAGCCUAGCACCAGUGUAGGUGGCACUGGCUGGAAAGAGGACAUGGGCAUUGUGGUUAAAGGGUUCACUAAUUCAGCAGGUGUUUGUCAAUAGGAGAACCUGUUCCUAGAGCCCUGGUGGGAGUUCCACUUGCCAACACCCAUAGAGGGCAGCAGUGAAUAUACCAUUUACACAUCACAAAGGUGGAUCUCCCUUGCAUACAAGCCCUUUGCUGAUUUAGGGAGGUAUAAUUACACCUCCAUGUGCCAGCUUUGCUGAAUUUGGCCCCAAGUCUCACCUAGUACAGUGGUUCUCAACCUUUCCAGACUAGUGUACCCCUUUCAGGAGUCUUGAUUUGUCUUGCAUACCCAAAGUUUCACCUCCCUUAAAAAUUAUUUGCUUACAAAAUCAGACAGAAAAAUACAAAAGUGCUUGCUUUCUCAUUUUUACCAUAAAAUAAAUGACAUGGAAUAUAAAUAUUGUACUUACAGUAUAUAGAGCAGUAUAAACAAGUCAGUAUGAAAUUUUAGUUAGUGCUUUUAUAUAGCUUAUUGUAAAACUAGGCAAAUAUCUAGAUGAGUUUAAUGUACUCCCUGGAAGACCUGUGUGUAUCCCCAGGGGUACACUGACACCCAGUUGAGAACCACUGUUCUAGUGGACAGCAGCUGUAGCAAGACCAGCAGCCAGGAAUUGCUUCUUACUGUUCCAUAUAGGAAGGAGUAACUUCUUAUACUAGACCAGAGCAGAGCAAGUGAUGUUCCCCCCCCCGCCCCUGAAAUGUCACACUUAUCUGAUGUGGUGAUUGCUAUACUCCAAGAAGAUUAGGAAAGUUGAACCAAUAUUCUAGUGGAAUUAACCUUCAUUAUAACACAGAGGAACUUAACUAUUAGAGGACUGAAAGUAUAUUGCAACAAAUAGUAACUCUCCUUCCAUUUCACUAUAAACAGGUUCCACCAUAGUAAUGAUGGAGAUUAACAGAGCACAGCUCUUGAUUUAUAUAUACUUGCUGAAGCAGUUUCUAUAUAUGCACACUUGUUAGUCAGCAGAGACAUCUCAACCCUGAAAGGAUUCUGGAGGACUGUUGCUUAUUGAAAAGCACUCAGAUUAGACCAUCUUUAGCAUACAUUUACAUCAGAUGUCAAGACAAGGAAUGUAUCAAGAGGGUAAACACAUUCCUAUCUAUAAUGUACAUUUUUUUCCUCUUGUAUUGGCUUUACUUCCAAAGUUGUAGUUUGCAGUAUUAGUUUCUUAUUGGUAUCAUUGCAUAUACAAUAAAUGAGUUAUGAAUUUCA